AGAAGCACAACAAGGUCUAUCCAAAUGCAGAGCAGUAGGUCUGUUAAAUGAAGGAUUCUUGUAAAACUUUUUGUUUUUAAUUAUUUAUGAGCUUCCUCUGUUUAUUCAGUUCAUGAAUGAGCACAGAGAGCCACAGCUCCGCCUUAGAUAGACUGGGUGCUUUCUAGGUUUUUGUACUUUUCCAGCCCUGGACUACAUGAUAUCUGCCACCGCAAGCUACAACCUAAAUGCUGCGGAGCACCUUGGAUCGGGUCCAGAUUUACAUCACGAAGCUGCAGACGCCCCCCUCUUGCGUAGUCUGCGGCUCUGCCUUUCAGACAGCAAGGGUGCGGUUGUGUAUGCAGUGUGGAUCUGAUUCUUUCUUACAAGUUCUAGUUCUUCAAAAUCCUCAUCAACCCGUCACACAUAUUCAGAAGUCUGCACGGGAGCCAUCUAUUCUCUUGUCAGGGUCUUCAAGGAAUAUUUCAUCUAAUUUUUUCGGAUUCAAACUCCAAUCAUCAGGUCUGCUGUUCUGGUUCUUGGUUCCAGUUUCAUCAGAAACAAAUGGAACCAGAGGGGCACCGCUGGUCCUUCAGUGCCAUCACAACCUCAGCGAAAAGUUCAUUCCUGAGCAAACCUCCAUAUACUGGCAAAGUAAUUCCAGCGUUCUUCAUGUUUUUUCAAAAGGACAAGAGGAAUUUCAACACCAAAGUGAGUCAUUUAAAAACAGGACUGCAAUUUUCCACGAUCAACUGGCUUCUGGCAACUUCUCCCUUGUCAUCAAUCCGCUGAUGCUGAAAGAUGAUCAGCUCAGCAUCGAGGUUGCUUACAUACCAGAAAGCAGGACACUCUGCCAAAACACUGUUCAUGUAGCAGCUCCUUUCGAUAUGCCAAAUAUCGUGUUCAACACCAGAGAUAUGAUGGCUAUGUGUGCAACAAAGGGGGGCUUUCCUGAACCAGAGCUAUCGUGGAUCGUCAUGGACCACGAGGGACAUGAACGUACACUUGAACCACCUGAUGUCCAGACCUACCUCUACAAGGAAGAUGACGGCACCUACAGAGUUACCAGCACUGCCAACAUCAGUGGAUCACAGAAAGUUACCUGCAGCGUUUACAACCCAACUUCAAAGGAGACGUUGAGUGUAAUUAAAGAUGUAAUUACAGAUGAAGGCUGGAGUCUGCCUUUGGGACCUGUUCUUGGAGUACUGGUAAUACUCGCAGUAAUAAUCGGAGCAGGAGCUGUCAUCGGCUGCCGAAAAAUGAAAAGGAGAGACUGUUCAGGACAAAACCUACAAGAACUGAGCGCCAAUGAACCUGCACCAUUGGAAGACAGCACUCCUGAUCCUGCAGCUGUUGGAGUUGAUGAUGUAGCUAAAUAAAGGGAAAACACUAAAUAGAAGACAUGGCAGGAACUCAUGUUUCUUCCUGUCCAGAAAUAGACCUCACCUAUGGAGGACCACAGAGCCACACACACAGAAAAAUAGUGUUUUUAUUUUAAAUUCAAUUAUUAAAUAAUA